CGGUGGCGGCUGCUCGGCCAGGACUCCCGGCCCCCGCCAUUUCGGACUGGGAGCGAUUGCGGCGCGGGCCCUGAGGGCUGCGGCGGGGGCCUGAGGCGCGGCGGCUCCCAGGUGCGGGAGAGAGGCCUGCUGAAAAUGACCGAAUAUAAACUUGUGGUAGUUGGAGCUGGUGGCGUAGGCAAGAGUGCCUUGACGAUACAGCUAAUUCAGAAUCACUUUGUGGAUGAAUAUGACCCUACAAUAGAGGAUUCCUACAGGAAACAAGUAGUAAUUGAUGGAGAAACCUGUCUCUUGGAUAUUCUCGACACAGCAGGUCAAGAGGAGUACAGUGCAAUGAGGGACCAGUACAUGAGAACUGGGGAGGGCUUUCUUUGUGUAUUUGCCAUAAAUAAUACUAAAUCAUUUGAAGAUAUUCACCAUUAUAGAGAACAAAUUAAAAGAGUUAAAGACUCUGAAGAUGUACCUAUGGUCCUAGUAGGAAAUAAAUGUGAUUUGCCUUCUAGAACAGUAGACACAAAACAAGCUCAGGACUUAGCAAGAAGUUAUGGAAUUCCUUUUAUUGAAACAUCUGCAAAGACAAGACAGGGUGUUGACGAUGCCUUCUAUACAUUAGUUCGAGAAAUUCGAAAACAUAAAGAAAAGAUGAGCAAAGAUGGUAAAAAGAAGAAAAAGAAGUCAAAGACAAAGUGUAUAAUUAUGUAAAUACAAUUUGUACUUUUUUCUUAAGGCAUACUUAAGUAAAAGUGGUAAUUUUUGUACAUUACACUAAAUUAUUAGCAUUUGUUUUAGCAUUACUUAAUUUUUUUUCAGCUCCAUGCAGACUGUUAGCUUUUAUCCUAAAUGCUUAUUUUAAAAUGACAGUGGAAACUUUUUUUUCCUUUUCCCCCUCUACGUGCCAGUAUUCCCUGAUUUUGGUUUUCCUAGCAAAGCCUGUGAAAAAGAAACUGAACACCUGAGAUGGCCGUCUUGGGGUUCUGGUGCAUGCAUUCGAUUCCUUCCUGUUCUUCUUAAUAAUUGUGAACGUUGGUGUGAAGCAAAUUAAUGAAGCUUUCAGAUCAUCCCUAUUUUAUGUUUUCUUUAGUCACUUAAAUGCAUUAAUUAGCAACUAACUUCAGUUGAGAUUUUUUGAUUGGUUUUCCUGAAACAUUGAGGGAAUACGAAUGUAUGGACUUGCUGUUGAUUCAUCUAGGCAUCAUGUCCUCCAGUGUGUCAUCCUCACAAAUAGAAAGUUACACUGUUCCCAAGGUUUUCUCGUAUUCCCACUGCUGGUUAUGGUCACUGUCCUCCAAAUAUUAUAUUUUUUCUAGAAAAAGGAAAAAAUGGUAAAAAUUUCAGGGCAAUGGAAAGACUAAGACUCCUAAUAUAUUGCUUUUCCUAUUAAGGCAAACCAAGUAUGAAGUGGGGAUUAUAGCAGCCAUUUCAGGGCUAUAUUUAUGUGCUACUAAAUCUUUAUAAUAAAUGAAACAAAUUAAUUGUGUGAAAAAUUCUCAUAGGAAUUAAACAUAGGCUCCCUGUGUCAGAUUGCUGUUCCUUAGCAUACAUUUACAUCUUGGACCUCAGUCUUUGAAAAGAUUAUUAAUUCCAGUAGUGAUAUUGAUGAUUCUAUGAGCCAGAUAUAGCUUAGUAGUUGUUGAAGAGACCAAGGUUGUAAGGCCAGGGCCUGUAGGAACCUUUGAGGCUUCCCCGAGAGUGUCAGGGCACAGACUAUCCUGUGUUCAUCUAGUGUUGCCAGGCAUCAGUUGGUCACAGUGGGGACCAGGAGAGUGUUUGCACAGCUCAGAAAGAUGUGGUGGUCCCACAGACAAAUCAAGAGCAUCACGUAUUUUUUUUUUAACUUUUAAAAAAUUACUUUUAAAUAUUAACUUGGAAGUUGAAAUUUGGGGGUUGGGAUAUGUCCACAUUUUUUUUAAGCUAUGAAGUGAGAAAGUUUCAAAAUCUCUAGUUUCAUGAAUUCUCUUAACAUUGGCUAAAGUAACAUUUCAUAAACAAUUUUCCAUCCUGAUCCAAAUUUGAAAAUAAGGCUUAAGAACAGAUAAGUUAACAUCAAUAAAAAGUUCUUGUGAUGCAUUUAGAAUGAGAUGAUAUGAUGAGUUGAAAAUAGCACCAGACUAGGAGGAAGGUAACUUAGAUGCUGAAUACGUUUCUUGUAGAAUUCUGGAUUUUGAGCAAAUCAUGUAUUGUCCAUGUCUUCAUGUUAAAAGUCAUCAUCUCAAAGGCUCUGUGUAACUCCAUAGCCGUUUGGUUUACGUUAGCUUAAUAAGCAUGCAUGUGUUUGUCAAACUCCGUACAGUCUAACCUUUUACCUGUGAUACCAUCUUCAUUGCUAGUCUUGGGCAAAAUUGUGCAUGGGGUGAAGUUUAUAUUUGUAAGUAGCCAUCUGCAGUUUGCAGACUCCCCUCCCACAUUAGUGUCUCUUCUUGCCUGCCUAUGCUUCCAUAAGACCCAUGCCGUGAUGCAGCUUUCUUUUAAUCCUGUUCUAAUUCCCCUAACCUCAAAAUGUGUUGCUGCUAUGGAUGUCUCUGUGACAUUUUCCCAGUAGGUCACAUUCAAAAUGCCCUACAUGUUAUUUCCUCAGGGCUCAAAAUAAUCUGAUAGAUACUAUAAUGGAAUUUGACCUAAGAGUUCAUUUUUGUGUGGUACCUGUAGCAAUUUAAUCAUGACCCUUAAACGUCAGCUCUUUGCAGCCCAGUCUUCUGGUGACUAGGAAUUUUCAAGCUAGAUCUGAAUAGAUAGUGCUUCCAGUGGAAGGAGAAGUUAACAAAGGGAAUGCUGCAGUCUACAAGUAGGACUAGCUCUGCUACCAAUGAUGCAUUCCAUUUUGUGGUAACUGAAGUCUUCUCACAGUGAAAAAUACUUCAAAAUUUAAUUUAAAGUGCUUUGUGGCAGAACUCGUUUAUUUUACAAAUACUUUGAGUGCCUCCCCGAUGCCAGCCACUACACAAAGAACUACAGAUAAGGUACACCCAAAGGAGGGGCAUAAUCCCUGGCCUUUCACUGUGCUGCCACAGUCUGUAAUGCCGCAGCAAGGCAUCUGGACGCGACCCAGAGGGAACACAAUGUGAAUUUUACUUUUGCAAAGAAGGGAUUUGGGCUGUGAGGGUUCUUCCAGUUCUAAGAUAAUUGUUCUGCUAUGAUUCCAUUGUAACUGUUUAAUCAAGUUACUUUAUGUAAAUCACUUAACUUCAUUGUUUAAUAGAGUAAACUUGAUUUUAUUGUUUUUUAUUUGGCAUAACUGUGAUUCUGUUGAGACAGUUAUAGUAUACAUUGUUAUAUGUCAGAUACUAAUUUAAAUUCCAAAGUAUGUAAUAUUCCAAUUUUAUCUUUGUAGAAAUAAUUAAAAUAGACUUUUAAAAAUUAAAUAUUGGCUUCCAAAAUAGUUUCAUCUGGGUACAAGCAGGUGCCUGAACCAGUUCACAGAGAAGGGAACUUCUAUGUAAAAACGAGUAUGAUUUGUGAAAUGCUAUGCUGAACUGCAGAUUUUUUUGAGUUUUGUCUAGAUAGGGUGUUACGACUUAACCAGUACCUCUUCUCAUUUUUACACAGAGAGACAUGACCACACUUUAGGAACUGCAGUGCAUAAGUGAGGGGAUAUUUGAUGUAGCUGGGCAAUGUUUUGAAGGUAGUGGUAAUGAUCCUUUUUGGUGUGAGUUUUGAAUGGCUUAACAAAAGGUUUCUUUAGAGAUUUUAAAGGUGGAGAGAAUUCUAGAAAUAACAUAAAUGUUACCUAAUUGUAAUAGCCUUAAACAUAAAAAUCCUCAUUGAAAUUGGAAAACAGUGCUGAAUUAUAUAGUCUUAGGCAUUAACAUGUUUGUGGAAGAACUUAGCUGGCAUAUGUAGCAUAAUUUGAGUGGAAUAGUCCCAAUUAGGAAUUCUAGGCUCUAUUUUAACUGAGUCACACUGCAUAGGAAUUUAGAAUAUAACUUUUUUGGGUUAUCAGACAAAACCUUUGCCAUGAUUGCACAAUUUUGUCCUAAUAUAUUCAUCUAUAGAUACUUUCUGAAGCAUGUUUAAGUUACAGUUUGCACAAGUUCAUCUCAUUUGUAUUCCAGAGCUGUUUUUUUUUCUUCUGUGCACCAUUUUUUUUCCCAAACAAAUACAUAUACAUUUAGGAAUUUUUUUGGUAGGCAAUGCAGACUAUCUGAAAACAUUUCCAUUUGUCAAAAAUAGUAAUUUCUUGGUCAUUGCUUGGUAGUGCUUUUUAAAACCCAGCAGCUAAUUUAAAACAAUUUAUAUUUAAUAACUUCUUUGUUACUGUUGGGUAGCAUGAAUUCUGCAUUGAGAAAUUGAAUAACAUACAACUAAUAGCUGUAAAUUCUGUCAGAAAAUGAAAAUUAUUUCUUAGAGAUGCGUUCACAUUAGUUUUUAAUGCAUAGUCAUAACUAGAGGAAGAUUUGUGUUUUAGUUGACUAGUUUGAAGUGCCUGUUUGGGAUGAUGAGAGGCAAUUUAGAUGGACUUAGAAAAGACAAAAGUUAUUAUCUGAGAAACAUCCGUCACAGAAGGCCCACCCCCCCACUAGCGCUCAGUGAGUUAUAUGAUGCUUAUCCAAGUUUCCAGUUCCACUGUCUUGUGUUUUCAUGUUGAAAAUACUUUUGAAUUUUUCCUUUGAGUGCCAAUUUCUUACUAGUACUAUUUCUUAAUGUAACAUGUUUACCUGGAAUGUAUUUUAACUAUUUUUGUAUAGUGUAAACUGAAACAUGCACAUUUUGUACAUUGUGCUUUUUUUGUGGGACAUAUGCAGUGUGAUCCAGUUGUUUUCCAUCCUUUGGUUGCGCUGACUUAGGAAUGUUGGUCAUAUCAAACAUUAAAUUUUAAAGUGACCACUCUUUUAAUUAAAAUUAACUUUUAAAUGUUUAUAGGAGUAUGUGCUGUGAAGUGAUAUGAAAUUUGUAAUAUUUUUGUCAUGAACUGUACUGCUCCUAAUUAUUGUAAUGUAAUAAAAAUAGUUAUGGUGACUAUGA